CACUUGAUGUAUUUUUAAGGAGAUUCACCAAAGACUCGCACCGUCAAGAUGCCUUCUGGAAAGAUGGUCAAACUCAUUCUAUAUGAGGUUCUUCAGUUCGCAUGUCUCUGUGUUCCUGUGUUUGUAGUGAUGGAGCAUUUUGCAUCUCUCAUUCGAUUAGUUAAAUCCAGUGACACGGCGUAUUGGCUGGUAGUGGCGGCCUCUGUGGCUUACGUUGCAUCUGUAACCCUGUUUGUCUGGGUGCCUUUGAAGUACUCCACCCUCAAGACACAACGAUUUUCAGAAGUGACUAACUGGAGACCUGUUACACUUGCAUAUGUGGUGCUUAGCACUUUACCUUGCUUCGCCAUCAUCAUCUCCAGCUCAAAGGUUCAGGUUGAUGCAGGCGCUUAUUAUGACCGCUUCACUGAGCUCCCUGUCUCACUGGUCCUGUUCUCCCUCAUCUGUGUGGACAUACUGGAGCGAAUACGCCCGCUUCCUCUGACGGGACAGGCGAAUACAUUAGAGUCGGACUUUGAGAUACAAGUUCCGGUGCUCACUCAUUUGCAGCAGGUGACAUCUGUGUCCUCACAGCUGCAGGCUAAUGGAGGGUACAGUGACACAUCUCCAAGGUCACCGGCGCAUAACGGGUCCCUCUCAGGUCGUUGGGGGGAUGCAGAUGUGGGCAGCCUUUCUCGCACCAGCAGCGCAGCCUAUCUUUAUUCUCCUCGCUCUCGCUCAGGUCCUCUUCGCUUCAUCUGGAUCCGUGACCCCCGGCAUGACCUUUUUGUGGCCAGCUUUGUGUUCUGGUUUGACACAGUGGAACUGGUGAGGGUGGCCGGGACUUAUACAGUUUAUUACUCGGCAUGGGUCUUUCCAGUCUACAUACUGGCUUAUCUGUCCAUACUGCGAGUGGUAAUAACUCCCAACAGUCCUUUGUUGGGAUCGAUAAGCGUUCUCUCACAGGAUUUGCCCUUCCUGGUGGUGCGCAUAUGCCUGGUGGGGAUGUUUGGUUAUGUUACUCCGGUGCUGUAUAUACUGAAGAACAUUCUUGUUACUGGAUCAUUUGUCUACUUCGUCUUGAUGACCAAACUGAAGCUGCUGAACAGAGGAAGCAUGUUCUGAGCACAUUUAGGAGAUCCGUUUAUGUAAGAAAUGCAGCGGUAGAUGCACGGGCUGCAAUGUUAAAGGAGUAGUUCACCUUCAAAAUGAAAAUUCUGUCAUCAUUUACUCACGCUCUUGUCAUUACAAACGUACAUGACUUUCUUUCGCAGAAAACAAAGGAAGAUAUUUUGAAGAAUGCUGUUAACAGCCCCCAUUUACUCGCAUUGGUUACGGCUGUGCUGUUCUGUUACCAACAAUUUUCAAUUGUAAAUGAUGAUAGAAUUUUCAUUUUGAAGGUGAACUACUACUCUAAUACAUGUCUUGUAUUUCUAAACUGUAAAUAUGUUAAACUAUCACAAUGAAAGUGUUUAAUUUGUAAUAUUUUUAUAAAGAUGUCCAAAACUAUGCAACAGGGCAGACAACUGAAUGUUAUUGUUUCCAGGCAAAACAGUAGGCUUUAUUGAAAAAUGUACUGGUUAGGUGUCAGAAAUAAGUGCUUAAUUAUUUUAGGUCCAGUAGCCGUCACUGGGGGUGUAAGGAACCCCUAAGGGCUUCUUUUGUACAAAAAACAAAUACUGUACCUUUUUAGGUGUUUAAUUUUACCGCUGAGGACCUAUUGUGUACCUAAAGGUGCAAAAAAGUUUUCACUUUUUUUGAUAGUGGAGUCUAUUGCAUUUUUAUAUUUUCUAUGCAACAAAAUCCUGUACAUAUGUGUCAUUUACAUUGAUCUAAGAAUAUAUUUGUAUUUGAUAAAUGUUACUUUAGUUACAAACUCCAAAUGUGUGUUGCGUGCAUGUGUGUCCUCUCAUGCCAUGAAAUGUCCUGAUGACUUUUUGUGAAAUGCAUGACCAUUAAUACUUUGAUUCUCUGAUCCUUGUCAAUACAGAGAUAAGUA